AUGGGAACAGAGUUAACAGACAUGAAAGAGAAAAUAGCACAACUGGAGCUGAAAGUAGUCAAGAGAGAAGAGGAGUUGACAGAGUUGAGAAAUAUGAAGAGAGAGAUGGAGGAGAUGAAGAGACAGAUAAAGGUGCUGCAGGAACUUGCUCGGCCAGUGGGAGAGAUUGCCAACACUUCAGAUCAAAACAGAAGACAAGACAACAACAGAGAUCAGCUCAACAAGACAAGACAACAUGGUGAUCAUUUUGUGGACAGACACCGCACAGAUCUGAUUCAGUGUGUGACUGCAGUGGACAGUGUGCUGGAUAAAUUGCUGAAGAAAAAAGUGAUCGAUCAUGAAAUAUACAAUAACAUUAAAGUAAAGAAGACAAGACAGGACCAGAUGAGGGAACUGUUGGCACAUGGUAACAUCAGAUGUUUAAAGAAGGGCAAAGACAUCCUUUACAAGACUCUGAGGGAGAUAGAUCCCUUCAUGGUGAAGGCAUUGGAGGAGAAGGAAAGCUCUGAUGAUAGUCAGUAACAUCUCACAUCCUCUAAUGCCUGUGCAGGCCAAGA